CUCUGCGCUCGGCUGGGCCCGGGAGGCUCCAAGCGGGCAGCGAUUGGCUGUCGCGUGGCAUUGCGUGGAGCCGGAGAAAGUCGGGGCGAGAGAGCGGCCAGUGAGCUCCGGGGCGGCGCCCUGCCUCGUGAGGUCAGCCGCUAAUCCAAAAGUCAAUGAGGAACUUAGAAAAAGAUUGCCAACUCUGGAUCAACAUAUUUAGAGAAAAUUGGAAAGGGAGAAGCUUACUACAGCUUUAUUUGAAGACUUUUUAAAGAACGAAGAGUUAUAGCUGCCAGCUUCAAAUCUUGGAACAAAAACCAGAGACAUUGCCAGAGCAAACGAGAACAGAAGUACGAAUGGAGGGCUGGUCAAAAGUGAUGGAGAGAGAUAAAGGAGGAAGGAGAGACACCAGCAGCAUUGCUCCCACCACCGUUUUCCCAUUCAGAUUUUCAGGAUUCAGUUUUACUAACCUAACCUGGAAAAGUUGCAUAGUGGAUAUCCAAAGCAAACUAAGUAAAACGUAUAUUAAUGAUGAACAAGAAAAUACAGAGAGAAAUCAAAGUACACAGUCAGAUGAGCCGUUGUCUGUGAUCUCUAAGGGAAUUGUGCAUCUGAAGCCCAAUGUAUUGGCUACUGAAACCAAAUAUGAAGACUCAGAACUGCCAGAGCAGAGUUCAGGGUAUUUAAAAGUGAUCGGACCUUGUCUAAGUGAGGAGUCAACUGACUACACUACUGAAAAGCCCAGCCCAAUGGAGCAUAGAGAUAACGAUUUGCAUUCUAAAUGUCUGGUUCCUUGUCAAGUUACUUCAGACUUAAAUAAAGAGAAGACAGUAGCUCGUCUUAUGAAAGAAUUGGACAUUCUCAGAGCCAGCAAUAAAAAGCUUCAAGAAAAACUGACUAAAGAAGAUAAAGAAAAGAGAAAACUAAAGCUGAGACUGGAACUCCAGGAGAAAGCAGCAGAAUUCCAGAUUGCUGAAAAGACCACAGCUCUGGUUGAAGAAGUCUAUUUUGCACAGAGGGAACGUGAUGAAGCCAUUAUGUCUCGAAUGCGGUUAGCCAAUGAAGAGAGAGAUGAAGCAGUUGAACGAGUCAAGCUUAUGGAAAUGUCUCUAAAUAUGCUAGAAAAUAUUAACCCCGAAGAAAAUGACAUGACAUUACAGGAAUUACUGAACAGAAUAAACAAUGCAGACACGGGGAUCGCUAUUCAGAAGAAUGGAGAUAUAAUUGUGGAUAGAAUCUACAAGACCAAGGAAUGUGAAAAGAGAAUUACUGCCGAAGAAAUGAAUGCAGUGAUAGAGGAACGUGAUGCUGCUUUGUCUCGGUGCAAACGCCUAGAGCAGGAGCUUCAUCAUCUGAAAGAGCAGAACCAGACUUCAGCAAACAACAUGAGCCAUCUGACUGCUGAAAACAAUCAAGAACGUGCUCUGAAGGCAAAGCUGCUCGCUAUGCAACAAGCCAGAGAAGCUGCAGUUCAAGAAUACAAAAAACUGGAAGAAGAACUCCAGACUCUGAGAGUAUAUUACAGUUUGCACAAAUCUUUAUCCCAAGAAGAAAAUCUGAAAGAUCAGUUUAAUCAUACCCUUAGCACCUAUGAAGAGGCUUUAAGAAAUCGAGAGAGCAUGGUAUCCAUCACACAACAACAAAAUGAGGAACUGGCUAGCCAACUGCAGCAGGCACUUACAGAUCGAGCAAACAUGGAAUUAGAGCUUCAGCGUGCUGUCCGGGCCUCCCAAGCGACCACUGACAAAGUUCAGAAGUUGGAAAGACUGGUGGAUGUCCUGAGGAAGAAGGUUGGGACAGGAACCAUGAGGACAGUGAUCUGACUGAGAAAGGACUGUCUGUGGAAGCGAUCACAUCUGCUGGCCAGGCUGCUCCAUUCAACACUGUGUAAACACCAAAGCCUUAGCUUAGCAAACAGUUGUUAGAAGUGGAACACUCCAACCACAUUCCAAGCUGAGAUAAAGUCAAAUCACCAAUGUUUAACUACUUUGCUGCUGGCUUGAGUUAUUUCUCCAAAUGUAUUAACAGCAGGCUUUUUCCAAUUGCGUGGCUCUCAGUUGCAGUCUAUCUGGGAGCUGUUUUGUCCCUGCAUGUAUUUAAUAUACAUCUCUUUACUGAGAGACCAUUGUCGGUCUUCACAUAUGGCCCUUUCUGAAUCAAAAUGCAGCAGAGCACAUACUGCCGAGAGCCUUAAUCCACUGUGUUAGGGCAAAACUUCAAAUACAUGUAAUUUUUCAAUGGAUUUCUUAACUGAUGAGAGAGGUUCAGAAAUAAAAUCAUGGGCAACAAAAGGGAAUAAAUAAGUAAUAUAAAAAUUUAAAAAAUUUAAAAAAAAGAAAUAAAAUCAUAGCUUUCCUUCAGUGUGUGCAAGUAAUCUUCAUUAGUAGUAAAGAAUGUUAAGUAUAGAUGUUAAUUAAAUAUAUAGUUUGUUUUAACAAGUGUGUAAUACAAUAAAAUGCAUUAACCAA